AUGACAAGAGCAACUCCAGAAGUAGAAGAAAUGUCUCCAUCCAAGUCCAACCCUAAUAACAAACCACCCCAUCAGAAACCUCACCGCCCUACCCUCUCACCCAUCGCUUGCUGUUCCCCAAAGCUCUCCCUCUAUAUCCUCUCAGCUUGCGUCACUCUCUUCAUAAUUCUCCACAUCCAAUCCCUCCAAACCCAAGAUCCCACGCCAUCAUCAUGGUCCAUGCACCGAUGGCGAAGAGACACCAACACCACCACUAGCAGCGCCGCCGCGGAAAUGACCGACAAACAUCGCCAUGCGGUCACAUUCCUCCCGCUCAAAGACCUGCGUUACUCGGGCCCCGCAGCCCUCCAGGGCCACACGUGGUUCAUGAGUUCCAUGUACGACCACCAGGACGAAGAAGGAGGGGUCCAAUACCAGGGAUUCCCCUCGCCAUUCUCCCACGGCCGCCUCCUCUGCCUCAAAGGCCGCGACAACCAUGACGGCUCCUGGAACUCAUACGCCCUUGCGUACCCCGAAGCCCUCCCCCACAACGCGACACUGAUGAAAGGACUAACGUUCGUGUCGUACAACCACUACAACUACGACAACAUCUGGCACGGUCUGUCGGCGGUGGUGCCAUUCAUGGCGUGGCAUAUAAAAAACUCGUGUAAGAUCCCAAAGCGGUGGGUUUUGUACCACUGGGGGGAGAUGAGGGGGAGGAUGGGGGUGUGGCUGGGGAAUUUGAUGGUGGCUACUUUCGGUGGGGCCCAACAUGUGGAGGUGUUCGAGGAGGUGGAGGAAGGGAGGGCGGUUUGUUUCGAGGAGGCGGUGGUGAUGAGGCAUAACGAGGGCGGGAUGUCGAGAGAGAAGAGGAUGGAGGUUUACGAUUUGAUGAGGUGUAAAGCCAGACUGUACUGUAACGUGAGCAGCGGCAGCUUCAGCUUGGAUCAUUUGGAACAAGGACAACAACAACAUGAACAUGAACGUCGUGAUGUAAUUCCUCCAAUUGGAAUCACAUUAUUCAUGAGAACGGGACCGAGAUCCUUCAAAAACGACACUGCGGUGAUUGAAAUCUUUGAGAGGGAGUGUGCUAAGGUGGACGGCUGUCGCUUGAUGGUGGCUUACUCUAACAACCUCACCUUUUGUGACCAGGUGCAGAUAAUGAGCAGGACAGACGUUCUGGUAUCUCCGCAUGGUGCGCAGUUAACUAAUAUGUUCCUAAUGAACAGAAACAGUAGUGUGAUGGAGUUCUUCCCCAAAGGUUGGUUGAAGCUAGCCGGGGUAGGACAAUACGUGUUCCAUUGGAUCGCUAGCUGGUCGGGCAUGAGACACAAAGGUGCAUGGCGGGAUCCAGUUGGGGACCCAUGCGAGUUUGGAGAAGAUGAUCGUCGAUGCAUGUCCAUCUACAAGAGUGGCAAAAUAGGACACAACGAGACCUACCUUACCCAAUGGACUAGAGAUGUUCUCAAUGAGGUCAAGGCAACUAAGAUGGAACAAGCAGCAAUAUCAACUUCUAAUGAGGCAUGUUUAUGUAGUUGA